UAGGAAACAAAAGAAAGAAAUACGAAAAUUAGCGGACGCGAAAGGAAAUAAUUGAAUGAGGAUGAGAGUGGUUUUGAAAUCCGGAGAACCGAUCUCCCUCCCCCCUCCCUUUCCCUUCUCUGUCAGGGUUCUCUUUCGUCCCUCAUCGGUUCAAUUUCUCACUUUCUCGCUCCGGAGGCAAAAAAUUUCCGCCAGCCAAGACGAGAGGGAGAGAGAGAGAGAGAGAGAGAGAGAGAGAGAGUUCGGAGAUACGAAGGGCGGAGAUUGUGAACUCGGAGUGAGAUUGAGGUUUUGCAUGUGAUAGCGCAGAGCUUUUCAAUCGGCAUUGUCGGUUCCAUCUGAUUCCAAACCCUUUGUUUCAGCCGUUUCAGUCUUUAUCAUCACGUACGCCUGUAUUGGUUUUGAUUCCAUUUUUCUUCAUCGUUUUGGUGGUUUCUGUUCAAGAUUUGGUACGGAGUUAUCCGUGUAGCUCGUCGUGGCUGCCACAUAUUCCGGCGUAUUCUCGAUGUUAGGCGUUCAGUGAGAAAAAGGAACAGCGAUCGAUUUCUCGAGUGGUUUUUGUUUCUUCUUUGGCGUUUGCCUUGGCUGGAUAUGGUAUUUAGGAUCUUUAUUGUGAAUAAGACAUGUUCGUGAGGCUUCUUGUUUGAUAUGGUUGCGAAAGUAGUCGAAUUGAUUUCCGGCGGUGCUAUUCGGCGCGCACCGUGUGUUGUGCGUUGAAAACGGUUGUUUUUUGAGGGUGCCCAUGCUACUGGCCUCAUUUUCAUGCCGCCUGAACCAUUGCCCUGGGAUCGGAAAGAUUUCUUCAAGGAGAGGAAACACGAGAGGUCAGAGUUCCUCGGACCUGUACCUAGAUGGAGAGACUCAUCCAGUCACGGAUCCCGUGAGUUUAGUAGGUGGGGAUCAGGCGAUUUUCGUAGACCGCCAGGUCACGGUAGGCAGGGUGGCUGGCAUGUGUUCUCUGACGACUGUGGUCAUGGAUAUGGGCCUUCCAUGUCAUUCAAUAACAAGAUUCUGGAAAAUGUCAGUAGCAGGCCUUCUAUUUCGCAUGGCCAUGGGAAGUAUGCUAGGAAUAGUAGGGAAAGUAGGUCUUUUAGUCAAAGAGAUUGGAAAAGUCAUUCCUGGGCAACAAGUAAUGGGUCUACGAACAAUGGUGGUAGGCUGCAGCAUGAUCUAAAUUAUGAUCAGAGGUCAGUUCAUGAUAUGCUGAUAUAUCCCUCUCAUUCUCAUUCUGACUUUGUGAACCCAAGAGAUAAGGUAAAAGGCCAGCAUGAUAAGAUCGACGAUUUCAAUGGGUUAGGCACAAACCAGAGACGUGAUCGGGACUACUCAGUGAGCUCCUCAGGGUGGAAGCCUCUUAAAUGGACACGCUCUGGUGGCUUGUCUUCACGCACUUCAACAUCAGGCCAUUCCAGUAGCACAAAGGGCAUUGAUGCUUUAGAUUCUAAUGAGACAAAGUCUGAGGCCGUGUUGCAAAAUGCAUCGCAAAAUCUGUCUCCUUCAGCUGAUCAUGCUGAGUGCGCAAGGUCUUCUCUCCCAUGUGACGAGGCAAAUGCCAAGAAGAAGCCGCGACUAGGAUGGGGUGAGGGACUUGCCAAGUAUGAGAAAAAGAAGGUCGAAAUUCCUGAUGGUACUGUCUUUACAAUUGUUAAUGCAGAAGCUACCCAGUCUCUGAAUUCUAGCUUGAUUGACAAAGGUCCUAGAGGUUCAGGAUUUUUCGAUUGUACCUCACCUGCAACCCCUUCUUCCGUCAUUUGUGGUUCCUCUCCAGGUGGGGAUGAAAAAUCAUCUGGAAAGGCAUCAAGUGAUAAUGAUGUCAAUAACUUUGGUUCACCUGGUUCUGGUUUUCAGAAUCAGUAUGAGGGUUCACCUGCUUCUAAUUUAGAGAAGUUGGAUCGUUUUUCGAUACCUAAUUUGGGUUCUCCUCUCAGUCAACUGCUGCAAUCUACUGAUUCAACUUCAGUGGACUCCUGUGUUGUGAGUUUCACUGCCUUGAGUAAGUUGCUUGCAUAUAAAAAGGAAAUUUCUAAAGUGUUGGAGAUGACCGAGACUGAAAUUGAUUUACUUGAAAAUGAGCUGAUGGGGUUGAGAUCUGGAAGUAAGGGUUACUUUUCUUCUUUCCCCUUGGCAUCCAGUUCUUUGCCGGUGGGAGAUAAAUGCUUUGAAGAGCACAGUAAUGUCACUGAUAUGAUCCCGCCAGUUGCUACCCUGCCAGUUGUUACUUCCACAAAUAAUAAUUCAAUAACGAUGCCACAUUCUACAAGUGACUCGGAAGAAGUGCAUGCUGAUGUCAAGGAAAAUGAUCAGUCGGAUGCGAAGGAAUCUGUCAUCAUGAAAGAGAAGCUAACACUUACUGGUUGCAGUGUUGAAGAUAAUGUUGUGGCCUCGGUUGACAAUAACAUGCUUAUAAAGAGUGAAGGUCUCGCAUUAGAGCCCAUUUCUAGUGACAUGUAUGAAUAUGCUGAUGAGGGAGGAGAUAACGUGUUUGAUUUAAUUCUGGCGUCCAACAAAAAAUCUGCACGUGAGGCUUCUGAAGCUUUGAUCAGGCUGUUGCCUGCCAAUGAACGGAAGAUCGAUAUUUGGAUUACAAAUGCCUGCUCACGGAAUCAAUGUUCAAUGAAAGAGAGAUUUGCAAAGAGAAAGAAGUUAUUAAGAUUUAAGGAAAGAGUAAUUGCACUUAAGUUUAGAGCCUACCAGUCCUUGUGGAAGGAGAGUUUGCAUGUGCCUCCUGUAAGAAACCUACGUACAAAAUCUCAGAAAAAAUAUCAGUUGAGUUUGUGGACAAAUUACAGUGCUUACCAGAAGAACCGAUCUUCCAUCCGAUUCCGUAUGCCUUCACCUGCAGGAAAUCUGAACCCCGUUUCUAACACGGAGAUUCUGAAGCACGUGAGCAAGCAGCUUUCUAAUCCCCAGACUAAGCAGUAUCGGAAGGCGUUGAAGAUGCCCACAUUAAUUCUAGACAAGAAGGAUAAGAUGGCAUCAAGGUUCAUCUCUAAUAAUGGAUUAGUUGAGGAUCCGUGUGCGGUUGAGAAGGAAAGGAUGAUGAUUAACCCAUGGACCUCAGAAGAGAAAGAUGUUUUCAUGGAGAAGUUAGAAUAUUUCGGUAAGGACUUUGGAAAAAUUGCUUCCUUUCUUGAUCAUAAGACAACGGCAGACUGUAUUGAGUUCUACUACAAAAAUCACAAAUCCGAUUGCUUUGAGAAAACUAAGAAGCUGGAGUUUGGUAAGAAAGCAAAGUCCUCCACUGGUAACUAUUUGAUGACAACAGGGAAGAAAUGGAAUCCAGAAACAAAUGCUGCUUCUCUCGACAUUUUGGGCGCUGCUUCAGCAAUGACAGCUUGUGCUCAUAAGUAUUCUAGCAGCAGGUCGGGUGGAAGAACUGCAUGUUACACGACUCAAUUCGAUGAUAAUCUAUCAGAAAGGGCCAAAAGUUUUCAUAGUUUUGGGAAUGAAAGAGAAAAGGUUGCUGCUGAUGUUUUAGCAGGUAUCUGUGGUUCCCUGUCUUCAGAAGCCAUGGGGUCAUCAUGUAUCACUGGUAAUUUCCACAGAAGAGAUGGUUCUCAGGAUUUGAAGUGCAAAAAGGGUGCUACAACCAUAUUAAGACGGCGUAUGACAGCCAACCUUCUGCAGUCUGUUGACGAUGAGGUUUGUUCGGACGAAAGUUGUGGAGAAAUGGAUCCUUCUUAUUGGACAGAUGGGGAGAAGUCUCUUUUCAUAGAAGCAGUGACAGUUUAUGGGAAGAAUUUCUCAAUGAUCUCUACCCAUGUAGGAUCGAAAUCCAUGGACCAGUGCAAGGUCUUCUUCAGUAAAGCACGGAAGUGCCUUGGUUUGGAUUUGAUAUGCUCUGCAAAGAAAAUGCCAGCAAAUGGAAGAGACUGCAAUGCUAAUGGAUGUUGCGGUGAAGCAGGUGUGGACAGAAAUGCCUUUCCUUGCGAAGGGGUUGGAAAUGGUGGGGAAUUGGAGUCCAUGAAUCCACAAUCUACACAUCAGGAAGUCAAAGAGAUUAAUAGUCAUAGUAAUACAGCUGUAGAUGCCAUGGUGUCUGAUGUCUGUCAUAGGAAGGAUAGCUCUCAUUCAGCUUUGGACGAGGACUGCCAGUCUGUGAAUUCUGCCAACGAUAAGAAUCGCUCGCUACACAAUCAUGCAGUCGUGUCUGAUGAAACUGCGAAGGAACAAGGAAAUUCUUCUCGGGUCACAGUAUCAGUUGGAAAUGGUUUGGAUGCCGAAACAAAGAGGGGAAAUAUAGAUACUAGCACUGGUCAAGGUGCGAAAGCCCCAGCUCACACAGCUGAUAGCUCUUUAGCGCCCUUAAAUUCUCAUGUCACCUCAGUUCCUAAAGAUGAACAAGGGCGUCUACAUGUCAGAGUGCGUUCACGCAGUUUGUCUGAUUCUGAACAAUUGUCUAUAAAUGGUGACGUGAAACUAUUUGGUCAGAUUCUUACCCAUUCCUCAUCUGUGCCAAGUUCAAGUUCUAAUGGGAACCGAACGCAGCACCACAAGUUCAAGCGCAGAUUGAAAGCAAGUAGCCAUGGAAAUCUGAGUACUGCCAAGUUCAGUCGUAAAAGCUCUUCAGGUCAAGAGGAUGUUCCCUCAAGAAGUUACGGAAUUUGGGAUGGAACCCAAAUGCGCAACGGGCUUUCAUCACUGCCCGAUCCCACUACCCUACUGUCCAGAUAUCCUACAUUUGAUAAUUUCUCUAAAUCUACCUCCCCUAUAGAGCAGCAGCAGCCCAUUCUCAAUGAACAGAAAUCAAAUUGUGAUUCCCAGAUGUCGGAGGUAAAUAGUAGUAAGGUGGCUCAGGAGGUAGUUGGAGGAAUUAUUGUAGGAGAGAUUUGUAAUGAUGAUGAUGAUGAUGCACUAGAUACUAAAUUGCAUUGCAAUAAGGCGGAGGAUGGUGGCUCCUAGGAAGAGAGAAUUAGCUGGUAGCAGAUUUAUGUUUAGAGAGAGCCUUUCAACAGAGGCACUCUCUUAGCAGCAAUUGGUUUCUUUUGCUGCACCCCAUGUAUCAUAGUUUCGUUGAUGUCAAUGAAUGAUAGCAGAAUUUGACGGUUCUUAUUGCCGUCUUUGUAGGAGGAAAAAGAAAGAGUAAUGCUUCAAAAUUA